AUGCUGUACAUCCUAACAUCCGCGUCUUUUGGAUCUCUGGAAGAAGUUGACACUAUUGACUUCCUCACGUUGCCAGCUAUCUCCACUUUCACCACCAAUUUGAAGCAUGCUAACUUCAUUCGCAUCUCUGACACUGCUUUGGAGACCGUUAACGCUUUCACUUCUUUGCAAGAGGUUGCUGUCUUCAAUAUCAACAACAACAGAGGUUUGACCAAUUUGAAAUCCGAUUUGGAGACUGUUUCUCAGGCUUUGGAAUUUUCUUCCAACGGUAACGACGCCAAUGUCACUUUUGACAGCCUGCUCUGGGCUAACAACAUCACUUUGAGAGAUGUUGACUCUGCCUCUUUCGCCAGUUUGACUGCUGUUAACGCUUCCAUGGGUUUGAUUAACAACAGUAUCUCCUCUUUGAACUUGUCUAACUUGUCAUCUGUUGGUGGCUCAUUCGCUGUGAUCUCUAACGAUCAGUUGACCGAGAUUGACUGCAGCAACUUGACCACCGUUGGUGGUGGUUUCGUUGUCGCUAACAACACAAACUUGAAGCAAAUUGACGGUUUCGACAAGUUGAGUACCGUCGGUGGUGCUCUUGUUGUCACUGGUAACUUUACUGAGUUGGAUUUGUCUUCCUUGAAGUCUGUCAAGGGUGGUGCUCAAGUUGACACCUCUUCUGGUAACUUCUCCUGUGACGCUUUGAAGUCUUUGUCAAGCAAGGGUGCUAUUGCCGGUGAUUCCUUCGUUUGUAAGAACGGUGCUACUUCCACUUCCAUUAAGUUGUCUUCUUCCUCCUCCAGCUCUGGUUCUCACAGCUCAACUGCUUCGAGUUCCGGUAACAACAACGCUGUCUCUACCAGCACUGGUACCUCUUCUAGUUCUUCCUCCAAAUCCGCUAAGGGUGCCGCUCCUGCAGAAUACGCUCCAGCUGGUUCUAUCUUGGGUGUCUUCGCAGCUGUUGCCGUUGCCUUGUUGUAA